UGUAAGGUUAAAUCCUCUGUGAAUGAGAAACCACGAGGUGAGAUGUUAAACGCGUUCGUGCCGUACGACCUCAUAGUACACCUAAAUGCAAUAAACAGUAGAAUAUAGAACUCCCGUUAAGAGUACACGAAGAAAAUGCAAAAGUGCAGAAUUUGUGGCAGUAAAGAUUUUUACAAAGAAGCUGGAUAUUUUUUUUGUCAAACGUGUCAAACGCAAAAUGAGGAUAUCAGAGAUGAAGUUCUUGAAUUACGUAUAGAUAGUACGACUAGAUUGCGAAAAACAAGAAUUAGGCAAUUAAAAUCUGAUAUAUCAGGUAAUGAGGUUGGAUGGACUUCAUGGGAAUUGUACAAUUUUGUUUUAAUUGGUUUAACAAAUGAGCUAAUAGAACUUGGAGUUCCAUCUGAUAUAAAAUUGACAAUAUUACAAUUAUGGGCAACAUAUUUAGGCAAACUUGAAGUAGCAUUUAUCUCAACUAGAAAGAAAUCUAUGCCCAAAUUAGCUAGAAGAUAUAAGAAAAGGGAUGCAGAUAUUAUUUAUGGCAAGGUGCAAUCGGAGAAAACAUCUAGGAAGCGCAAAAGAUCUAGAAGUAGUACUUCUAUUAUUAGUGGAACUAGCAUUACCGGACUUAGUGAGGGUAGUUCUAUGAGAGAAUUGAACAAAAACAAAAGACUUCUGAUAGCGGCAGAUUAUGAUAGAUAUCUUCAGUCUCAAAAUAGUUCUGAGGGUGAUGGUCUUAGUAUGCUUAGUCAAAGUCAAAGUAUAUAUAGUGGUCAAUCUAGUUCUGUGAAAUCAUCAGAAAAUGAGGGAAAAGUACAAUUUAGUUCCCAUGCCAAGGAAGAAGCAAGAAAAAUUAAAAGAUUAUCAAAAAAUAUACCUAGAUUUGAAAGAGUUCAAUACAGGGCAAAACACAUAAGUACUCAGUACAAAAUGGGACCUAAUAUAAUUACACCUAUGCGACUAUGGGCAAUUAUAUAUUUAGCUUUAAGGAUCCAUAAUCAACCUAUACAAUUAGGAGAUAUGUUAAGAUAUGGAAGAGAAGGACACUUGUCUUACUACAAAUUGGAUCAUUUAUUACCGCCAGAACUGAAUUUAACAGCAAAUGAAAGAAGCUUCUUAACACAGAAUGUUGAAAUUACACAUAAGGGCAUGAGACGAAUUAUUGCAAGUAUGGCAAAAUUACUUGGUGCAUGGAAUAUAGUUUGUCCUGAUUUUCUAUCUUUAGUUAACAGAUAUUGUCAAGAACUAGGAUUACCAAGGGGCAUCCAAUUAUAUACAGAAAGACUAAUAGCUUUAUCACCUCCUAAAAUGAUAUUUGAUGCAAAAAAGUCAUGCAUUCCUAACUAUGAAGGUCGUGCAAUGGCAUUUAUUAUAGUAGUGCUGAAAACUUUACUUGCUCUAGAUGGUGUAACUGAAUAUCGCAUUAGUAGAAUUGCAGAGAGGAUCAACAGCACAGCUAUUGAACGCGGCUUACUCGAUAAUAAACUUUUUAGUUUUCAAGAAUGGCAAAAAUAUAUUGAAUGCAGAAAGACGAUUUUAAUGCAUGCACAUUAUCCAACCAAAAUGAAAUAUUGUCCCGAUGCAGAUGGAAUCGACGAUUUAUACUUAAAAUUCUUAGAAUUUAUAUCUUCUAAAUCGAAUAAGAAUGAACAAGAAAUAAAAAAUUCUAAACAUUAUUUGCCACAAGAAAUUAUAAGUGCUAUGGGAAAACACAUAAGUAACAUAAAUAUCGAUGAUUUAUCGCCAAAGGCAAUUGAUAUAUUUCCACCAUCUCUAACACCUCUUCAUUCGUACUUGCAACAUUUAUUAGAUCAUCCGCUUUACGAUAUUCCUAAUAUAGCACGAAGUGAUUUUUUUCUUACAAGAGUUGGGUACAUGACAAAAUCUGAUGCUUUAGUAGAAUUAGCAGCGAAAUGUGGCAUGGAGUUAGAGAUAGUCGAUUCGAACGUACAUUUUCUCGAAAAAAAUGUACCUCCAUUUGAACAACCUAGAAUGCCAAGUAUAAAUGAACUAAAACAGCUUAUCGACGUGCAAGAUGACUUACAGGACGAAGAAGAUAGAAGCGAAAGUGUGAAUGACUAUUUACACGCUAAAACACCAUGUAGCAUUAAAUUUGACACUACUAAAAAUCAGUAUUACGAUAGUACUGUAAGUACAAUGAAAGAUUCUGCAAAUUUCUUUGCAGAAAAUGAUUUUACAUUUACCGAAACUCUGCCAAACGGGAAAUUAGCAAUACCUGUUGAUAGCGAUAGUGAGAACGAAGAAGAUUUAGGGAGCAAUGGUUUGGAUCAAUGGACGCUUUUAGAAAAUAAACUACGUGAUAAAUAUAACAUACAUUUAUCACUAGCAGAAAAAGAAGCCAUUCAUAAGUCGAAUGGAGUGAAAAAAACACAUUCCAAAGAAUCUAAAAUUCAACUUAAGAGAAAUAGUAAGGGUCAGUUUAUUAAGCGUAGUGCUGCGCCUAUAAAAAUUGAAAAGAGUGACGCCGAGUUUUUUGCUGCAACAGAGAAUGUAAAUUUUUACGAUAAUAUCGACACAAGAGUCAUAAAUGAUAAACAUAUAGAGGUUGAAAGUACUGAAAAAAAUCAAUUAUUAUUCCCUGAAAAUAUCAAUAUCAGUGACAUUAAUAUUGAUGACACAAAUAUAAAUAUUGAUCAUUUUGAUAUAAAUGAGUAUCUUAAUUUCAGCGACAUUUCAUUUUUUAGUCAAAAUGACAUUCUUGCACCUGUAUCAAGUAAGGAAGAAACUGUAGUCAAGGAGAAAGAUAUAUUUUUUAAACCCUUUACAGAGUACUGGAUGUAUGACUGCAUUUUCAGCCGCGUGAAAUCAAAAAAUUUCGCUAUAUUCGAAAAAUCAUUACCACGAACUUUUCGUUGGCUACUAAACGAAUGUGCACUUAUUGUGGAAAUGUCUACAGAAGAUUUAUACGAAGAAGUCUGUUUAAUAGAAAAUUAUUAUUCACACAUUUCAAAUUCUAGUACCCCUGACAGUAGUGAACGUACCAACAUAGAUUCAAUAUCUAAAAGUCAAUUGAACUUUAUUUUAAAUAAAUGGUAAAGAAUUGUCGUGUGCUAUAUUGUAAUAUAUUAUAAUUUUGUACUGACAAUGUAAUUUAUUCACGUGGAAACAAUAUAUUAAUACUUCAAUCUA